AUGGCCUAUCGCCCCGCCCGCGAAGGCAAUCUCCUCUCCCUCUAUAUCAACAACCGUGCUGGUGGUCUCAUCUUCCAUAGAGACUUCAGUCCUAACGCGGCCAAGCUCGACACCAACGAGCAAAUGCAGCUGGCGUCGACGUUCAGCGGACUCGCCCUCAUCAUGGGCCAGCUCGCGCCCAGCCGGCCCUCAUCCGGGAUGCAGCUGCUCGAGGCGGACGGCUUUCUGUUGCAGUCCUUCGACUCGCCCACUGGCAUCAAAUUCUUCCUCACGGCGGAGCCCGACGCCAAGGGCCUCGACCUAGUGCUGCGAGAGGUGUACACUUACUAUGCUGACUACGUGCUGAAGAACCCGUUCUACGAGAUGGACAUGCCUAUCCAGAAGGGUGGCAAGUUCUGCCAGAAACUCGAUCGGAUGGUGGCGCAGGUGCAGGAUAGAAGGUAGCACGUGGCGCACACCGGGACCGGUCCGGUACGGCUCUAGUGACAUACAUGUUGCAUGCACAUCCUGUGCAUGCACAUGUGCAUGCACAUGUGUAGAGUGCGGGUGAGUGGGCAGAGUCCAGAGAGAGCGCGUGGGUGCACGGACUCUGCUGCGUCCCGAGCACACUACCGUGCGGGACUAUGGGACUCUAGGCUCUAGCGCACUGCCGCGCUGUGCGAGAACAACUGGAGGCGCCCGCCCGUGGCCCCGACUGGCGACUCUAGCGUGUGGCGACUGGGACUGCGGAGAA